UAUUCCCAAACUGACAAUCGGAGUCCAUCCAUCCACAGACUUUGUGCUCAUCAUUACAUCUCCGUCUAGAUGGCGACCAACAUUCUGUUACUUCUCUUCUUUCUUAGCGUCGUCUGCUUAUUAAGCAUGGACUGCACCAACACACCAGGUCUGAUCUGCAACGGUAUUAGCAAUAAUACCGGUAUCCAAGGAUUUCAGAGCGGUCCUUGUGACUCGGACCUUUCUCACAGAAACCCGAAGCUAUCGGCUGCAACAAAGUUGCAUCUAAAGGAGAUUUGCGUUGCUCUGGGGCAGGAGUCAAGAAAAGAUAAACAUCAUCCAGGUACUGGAGUGACAAGUGGGACCAAGUGUCUUUCCAGGCUAAAGCAAUACUUAAUAAAGUGGAACAAAGGUCUCAUCUGCAGUUGUAAUAGCUAUGUUCAAGGUACCAACGGAUUGGAAAUUGACCUUUCCCAUAAGGGUCUGGAGCUAUUGAUUAAAGAAAAGUCACAUCUAAAGAAGAUUUGCUUGAGGCUGAGUUCAAGGGAAGAUACACAUCAUCUGGAUGAUGGAAGGAAAUGUUUGACUAAGUGUUGUUCCACACUGAAUGAAUACUUAUCCAACUGGACCAAAAAAAACAUUGAAGAUCGUGAUUAUGAUCGUUUUGGUGUUGACUAUGAAUCAGAUGAAUAUUCAGCCUCCUUUGUAGUUAAUUUUCCUAAUUGUUUGUUGUUUUCUUUAGAUCCAAAAACUGAAAAUAACGGUUCAGAAGUUUUAGCUUAUCUCAACAGUCGGUGGUCGACUAUAUUUAUACCUUCCAUCUACACAGUGGUGUUCCUCCUAUCACUGCCUUGCAAUGUAAUAGCGAUCAUCAUAUUCAUGUUCAGAAUUCGUGUGAAGACUCCAUCAGUGGUCUUCAUGUUGAACUUGGCCGUCUCCGAUGUCCUCUUCGUGAUCUUGCUUCCUUUCAACAUUGUUUACCGGAUUUCAGGAAACAAUUGGGUCUUCGGAGAAGGAAUGUGCUGCUUUGUGACUGCCGCGUUUUACUGCAACAUGUACUGCUCCAUCCUGCUCAUGACUGGUAUCAGUGUGGACCGGUUCCUGGCGGUCGUCUACCCCAUACCGUCCCUUUUAUGGCGCACGGUGAAAAGAGCCUGGAUAACCUGUUUUUUUAUCUGGUUGGUUUCCAUCGCCGGCAAUGUGCCGCUUCUCUUAAGAAAGCUAACUUUUCACGUUGACCACCUGAACGUUACAACUUGUUAUGACCUGCUGAACAUGACACACAUUGAAAGUUUUUACUUUUAUUAUUUCACUGCUUAUAUUUCCAUUUUCUUUUUGCUGCCUUUUAUCAUUACGACCUUCUGUUACGUCGUGACCAUCCGCAGUUUAAGCUCGUCCACAGUUGAAAGCAACUUUAAAAAAUCCAGAUCAGUGUUCCUUUGCGUCAUUGUUCUUUUUGAAUAUAUCAUCUGUUUCGGCCCGACCAAUAUUAUCUUUUUAACUUAUUAUCUCAAUUUCGAUAAGCCAUUUGGCAACUUUGUGUAUUUUGUCUACAUGCUAUCUGUUAGUUGCAGCACCAUCAGCUGUUGUCUUGACCCUGUUAUCUAUUACUUUGGAUCUUCAAAGUAUAAGAAGCUUGUGUACAGAUUGGUGUGUUGUGGCAAAUAUAAGGCUGAUCAUAGACAGAAUGGUAGUUACACAAAAUCAACGACAAAGGAGACUUUGUCUUAAAGUGGAGGUUCACCCUAAAACAAUUAUCUAACAUUACAUCCAGCACACUAACAACAUGUACAGU